AUGGCAUCCAUUCCGGUUCAUCAAAAAGCAGCUGUCGUAGAAGACCCCGGCGACAAUUUCAAGAUCUUGCUCCGCAAUGACAUUCCCGUCGGAGAACCAGGGCCUGAAGAAAUCCUCGUCAAGUUAACAUGCACCGGACUUUGUCACUCUGAGGUACGAGCGGUGUUAGCUUGGGGAGCGUACAAAUCAAUCAUCGGGCAUGAAGGUGUGGGAACAGUCGUCAAAGCCGGCGCCAAAGUUUCCCCAUCGCUAAUGGGUCAGCGCGUGGGAGUCAAAUGGCUUUACAACGCCUGUACAAAAUGCUCCAUCUGCCAACGUGGGCUUGCCCAUAACUGUCCCAAUCAGCUAAACACGAGCCGUCACGUUCCCGGCACAUUGCAGCAAUACGUUGUGGCGGAUGCACGAUUCAUCACCAUGAUUCCCGAAGGACUUGCUGAUGAAAUUGCGGCCCCAAUUCUCUGUGCUGGUCUUACCAUGUCAGGAGCUUUGGCGCAUCUUGAUCAGGAGCUAAGACCCGGUGACUGGAUUGUGAUUUCGGGGUCGGGCGGCGGUCUCGGUCAUAUUGGAGUGCAAAUUGCGGCACGAAUCAAGAAGCUCCGUGUCAUUGCGAUCGAUAGCGGGGAUGCCAAGCGAAAGCUUAGUCUGGAUUCUGGAGCGGAAGCAUUUUUGGAUUUCAAGACGGAGGAUGUUGUAGCGCGAGUAUUGGAAUUGACUGGGGAGGGUGCCCAUGCUACAAUUGUUGUGCCAGGGACCAAGGAAGCCUUCCAAAUGGCACCGUCACUAGUGCGGAAUAUGGCAACUAUUGUGAAUGUGGGCUUGCCACCAAAUCACAUGGAUAUUCCAAUAUCUGCGACCAUCUGUGCGGCUCGAGGACUCACGAUCAAGGGUUCAUCGGUGGGUACUGAGAGCCAAUUAACGGAGCUGCUCAAUCUUGCCUUGGGGGGAGUGAUUACUCCAGCCAUUGAAGUAUUUGAGCUUGCUGAAACUCCUCGACUCAUCCGCCAACUCACUGAGGAUGAGAUCAUGGGUCGGGCGGUGGUGAGAAUUCCGGUGGAUCAGUAA